AUGCGCUCUUAUUUUGAAAAAAAAAGCUCAUCUUCAAGGAUUAUUUUGCAUUUUAAAUAAUAUUUGACAUAAAGCCCUCAAAAACGCUCACGACCGUCAUGGCGUCUUGAGUGACGUCACUCCUUGCAAAACACAGCUGUUUUAGUACGGAAAUCUUAAAGUUAUUUUAAUUACUAAUGGAUCCAUCGUAUUACAAGUACUGUAUAGUGCCCCAAUGUACAAGCACAAGUAUAAAAACGCCAAACAAGUUAUUUAUAUACGUACCAAACAAUCAGCAGAUGCGUAAAAAGUGGCUGACACUCGCAAGAAAAUAUAAUGCCCAUUGUUUAUCAACAAAAUCAAGGAUGUAUUUUUGUGAAGAUCAUUUCAAUCUACCAAACGAUAUGCUUAAUUAUACCGAGUAUCAUAUCAUGGGGAAGGUAUCACAAGUCCGCAUGAAACCUGGCUGCAUUCCAAGUAAAUUCGCAUGUCAAGAAGAUAGACGGAAGCGAACAUACAGCAGCACUGAACAAUCAUAUGUAUUAAAAAAACAAAGAAUGACCAUAAUAGCGGAGUCUCUGAAAGAACAAGAGGAAAGUUGUACACCAAGUUCUUCAUACAAUGCUAUUCCUCACACAAGUUCAGAUUUCCAAACGAUUGAUGUUCCAGAAACGUUAAGUGCACAGAAAAUGGAUAAAUCUAUUCAAGCAGAAAUCGUAUAUACAAAAAAAGAAGAUAAAUCUAUUCAAGCAUUUAUAACCCAUAAAUUUAGGAGUAAAGCCAUCCAAUGUAAGAUAAUAUCAAAAAACCAGGCAUCAUCACCCUUGAAACCAACGACAAUAUCUAGUUCCACAUCACCAUUUAAAGUUGAAGUCAUCAAAAAAAUGUGUUUUGUAUCCAAUCUAACCAAAGUGAAAAGAAAUAUAUUAAUUGAGGAAGAACAAUCGGACAGUGAUAUUUAUAUACCACCUUCAGCCGCUUCCAGUCCCUCACAAACAGGAAAUUCUUUACAAGUUAAAUCAUCUUCCGACUGCAGUGAAUUUAUUGCAGAAGAUAAAAAACUAGAAGCAGAGAAAAUAUUGACAAACACUAUUAAAAAAAUUGAAAAAAAUCCACGGUUGUAUCUAGGUGUUCCAAGCAGUUGUUAUUUUUUGAUUGACUUAUUAAAAGAUGAAAUGAAUAUUCCCAAACAUCAUUUAUUGAUUUGUUUAAAUAAAAUUAGAUUGGAUAUUAAAUUUAAGCAGAUGACAGAUGAUUAUGGAAUAUCUCCAGCAAACUUAAGCAAAAUAUUUAUAAAAAACAUACCACUUAUAGCCAAAUUUCUGCGUCCUUUUGUUGUGGAACUAGACAAAGAUAUGAUCAAAAAGAACUUACCUAUGGCAUUUAGACACAAGUAUAAUAAUGUGAGUUGCAUAAUAGACUGCCUCGAAAUAGAGGUGCAGAAGCCAUCAAAGGCAGUAAAUCAAGCUAUGACAUGGUCUGAUUAUAAAAAAGCCAACACCAUUAAAUAUUUAAUAUCCUGUACGCCAAAUGGCUUAGUUAACUAUAUUUCUCCAGGGUUUGGGGGCAGAACAUCUGAUACAUGUAUUGUCGAAUCAUGCGACUUUAUUAAGACAUUGAAAAGUGGUAUGGUUAUAAUGGCCGACAGGGGAUUCAAGCAUGUGGAGCAGUAUCUUAAAAAGUCAAAUAUUACACUAGUCAGACCUCCAAGUGUAGAAACUGGAGUGAAAAUGACUAAAAGUGAGGCAAAGUUAACCAAACAAAUAGCCAGUUUGCGAAUUCAUGUUGAAAGAGUCAUUCGGCGUUUACGUGAAUUUUAUAUGCUUAAACCACAUGCUUGUGUACAUCUGAAGUUUGUAAAAAUACUUGAUGAUAUUAUAGUCAUUGCAUGUGCUUUAAUUAAUCUACAAGAUUCUUUGGUAAAAUAAAACAAAUGUAAACUUUUA